UCGGCGCGCCGUCAAUGCAUGCCAGUGCAUGUGGUCUCAUCGUGGUGUGUGGUUCGUCUUUUAUUUCUCUUUUUCUCUCUCCCUCUUUCUCCCUUUUUCUCUCUGUCUCUUUUUCUCUCUCUCUUUCUCUCUCUACUGUCUCUUUAAUUUGACAGAACGAUUUAGCGAGGAUUUAAUUAACAUCAAGAAUCUUACGUUCAGUUAUUUACCUUUACUUAACGUUCUAACGAACUAGAACGAGAAAAGUCUAGCGGUACCUGCAGAGAGAAACGUGAAACUUCGUUCUAAAGGACAUCAAAAUAUAGAAAGAGAGAGAUAAUCCACUCGGUUGGAGGGAAAUCUUUGGUAAAGAUAGGAGAUGUCUGCGGACGCUGAGCUUAGUAACAUUCUUAGCAGGAGGCAACGGAUCAACGAGGAUCUCGAUGAGGGUAAAGAAGUGAAGAAACAAUACAGAUUUGUUAACGUCUAUACCGAAUUCCAUGAGCUCUCUCGCCGGGAGAUCAAACGAUACGAGCAAACCUUCAACAGAUUCGAUGAUGGACACGAUGGUUAUCUUGAUCUAAAUGAAUUGAAACGUAUGAUGGAAGUUCUAGGAGCACCUCAAACUCAUCUCGGUUUAAAGGCAAUGAUACAUGAAGUUGACGAAGAUGGUGACGGACGUAUAUCCUUUCGCGAAUUUCUUCUGAUUUACCGUAAGGCACAUGCUGGUGAAUUAGAGCAGGAUUCUGGCUUAGGACAAUUGGCUCGUCUGACCGAAGUAGACGUGGAUGAGGUUGGCGUAUCAGGUGCCAAGAACUUUUUUGAAGCUAAGAUCGAGCAGCUUCGUAAAUCUAGUAAAUUUGAGGACGAAAUUCGCAUGGAACAAGAAGAAAGAAAACGUGAGGAAGCUGAGAAGGCAGCAAGACGCGCACAAUUUAGAGAAAAAGCUGCGAUUUUUAGUAAUAAUUAAAAGAGAAAGAAAAGAAAAAAAUAAAUAUAGGACAGUAUGAAAAGUU